UCAAAGUCGACGACGGUCUGAAGAAACUGGCGGAAGCUAUCUUUGCAAUAUGGCGACCGAAGCUGAGGGGCGGCUGAAGCGGGUGCUGGUGCCGAUUCUUUUACCUGAAAAAUGCUACGACCAAUUUUUCGUCCAGUGGGAUUUGCUUCACGUCCCCUGCCUGAAGAUUCUCCUCAGCAAAGGCCUGGGGCUGGGCAUUGUAGCUGGGUCACUUCUGGUAAAACUGCCCCAGGUGUUUAAAAUCCUUGGCGCCAAGAGUGCUGAAGGGCUGAGCUUUCAGUCAGUAAUGCUGGAACUAGUGGCAUUAACUGGGACCAUGGUCUACAGCAUCGUCAACAACUUCCCCUUCAGCUCUUGGGGUGAAGCCCUAUUCCUGAUGCUCCAGACAGUCACCAUCUGCUUCCUGAUUCUGCACUACAGAGGACAAACUGUGAAAGGUGUGGUUUUCCUAGCGGGUUAUGUCCUGGUCCUGCUGCUCCUGCUUUCACCACUGACACCCAUGGCCGUAAUCACCCUGCUCCAGGCCUCCAAUGUGCCUUCUGUGGUGGUGGGGAAGCUGCUCCAGGCGGCCACCAACUACCGCAACGGGCACACAGGUCAGCUCUCAGCCAUCACAGUCUUUCUGCUCUUUGGGGGCUCCUUGGCCCGAAUCUUCACCUCCAUUCAGGAAACUGGAGAUCCCCUCCUGGCUGGAACCUUUGUGGUCUCUUCCUUCUGUAACGGCCUCAUCGCUGCCCAGCUUCUCUUCUACUGGAAUGCAAAGGCUCCCCACAAGAAAAAGGAAUAGUAGGGCUGAGCUGGCUACUGGAGUCCAUUCCAUGUUUUUAUCCAUCCACCUAACCUCAGGGUCCUUCUGAGCCAUUCCGCUGGUGACUUAUUCGCUACUCCUCUGCAGAUGCAACUUAUUGAGCCAGGGUUUGUGUUUAGUGGAAAGGUAUAGUUGACAGACCAGAUCCUUAGAAAGGAAUGAGGAUAGAGAUUUUAAGGCUGACACUUGAUAUUUAUUGUGUGCUGCCCUGUGUAUGUCACUAUUAACUCCUUUAAUCAUUUGGCUGAGACUCUUCCUUUAGCAAUUUCCAGCUACUUACCUAUUCUGGGCAAAAGCCUUGCCCUGCCCUCCCAUCUCCUCACUUCCUCUUUGGACUUAAGAGGACAGAACCUGGACAGAGGAAGGGACUGGGAGCUUAUGGCUGCCUCCCUUCCCUCGGCCUUGCUGGCACUGUCUCCUGGACCCCAGUGCUGGGUGGGGGGCGGAGGAAGGGGGAUGGAGAAUGACUCAGUCAGGGCCCCAGGGUGGGGUGAGGAGGUUCCUGCUCUGGCAGGUCCAGGCGGAAGGGAGUGGAGACUGUGCUGGUUCCUGCUGCGGUGAGGGGGAACAGAGAUGGGGCAAUAAAGACCCAGAGCCAUGGCUUAAUUGUACAAAACCGUGUU